UCGGUAAUUGCAGUCUCUUUCUCUCGCGUGAGUGACAGUCAGUGGAGGAUUCGCUUUGCCCCGGAGCGACGUCACAGCAAGGUGGAGGAUGAGUGCAAUUUUCCUCGCUCUAUCAUCCAAAGAAAAUACAGACUCCAACACAGUCAGUCGUUCAGACGCCCGUACCUGUAGCCGGUGCAGACUGACAACCAACCCGGACUCGGCUUACUUAUUCAGCGGGGGUUCAUUUGGGCUGUAGUGAGACGACGCGGGACUAACUUAUUGAACUUUUCAAAAUAACUUCGGAUGUCUUUCUCCCUUCUUUUUCAAACUGCGUCGGAGACUUCUUUCUGAGUGUGCCUAAUGAUCUCCCCAUUUUUUGGAUAUCCUUUACUCUCCCGGAGCGCAGACGGUUGGGUGACUUCAUGAGUUCUUCCAUCGAUAUCUUCUCAGGAGGAUGUAGUUGACCGUGACGACAUGAAGAGGUUCACCACACGUCUGAUAGCGGACUUCUCUCGAGUGCCCUCUUGACCGUCCUGAUAACCGCACCGACGCGCGUCUGGCUGAUGGGGCAAACGUCUGGGUGAUGGAGCAAACGUUUGGGUGAUGGAGAAAACGUCUGGGUGAUGGAGCAAACCCCGGAUUCCCCAUGUGAAGCUCCAACUUAUUAACAUUCUGCGUGGACUGUACUCAUCGUAGCACACUCGUGUCGGUGAACCUUUACAUUCCCUUCUGAGGAUCUGCGUCGUUUUACCAUGAGGAUCCCAUUGUCCCGGAUCCAACUGGCCCUGUUCUUUAUUCUGCUGUGCCGGUCAACAUCAUCGGCCUAUGGUGGGCGGUGGGCAGCCCGCUGGUCAUGGACCCCAACAGCAUCUGCAGGAAGACCAAGCGGCUGGCGGGCAAGCAGGCUGAGCUGUGCCAGACGCAGCCCGAGAUCGUGAGUGAGGUGGCCAGGGGCGCGCGGCUGGGGGUCCGCGAGUGCCAGUUCCAGUUCCGCUACCGCCGCUGGAACUGCACCAGCCACAACAAGUACUUUGGGAAGGUGCUGCAGCAAGACAUCCGGGAGACGGCGUUCGUGUACGCCAUCACGGCGGCGGGAGUCACCCACGCCGUCACCCAGGCCUGCAGCAUGGGGGAGCUGCUGCAGUGCGGCUGCGAGGCCACCAGGAGCCGGGCCCCGCCACGGCCCCCCGCCGCGGGCCCAGGGGAGCCCGCCGGCUCGGGGGAGGGGGGCAAGUGGGAGUGGGGGGGCUGCGGGGACGACGUGGAGUUCGGCUACGAGAAGUCCAAGCAGUUCAUGGACACCAAGCGGCGUCGAGGGAAGAGCGACAUCCGGGCGCUGGUGGACCUCCACAACAACGAGGCCGGGAGGCUGGCAGUGAAGCUCUACAUGCGCAUGGAGUGUAAGUGCCACGGGCUGUCGGGCUCGUGCACGCUGCGCACGUGCUGGAAGAAGAUGGCACCGUUCCGUGAGGUGGGCGACCGGCUGCUGGAGCGCUUCAAAGGCGCCUCCAAGGUGAUGGGUGGCAACGACGGCAAGACGCUGAUCCCCGUGGGCCACAACAUCAAGCCCCCCGACCGCCAGGACCUCAUCUACUCGGCCGAGUCGCCCGACUUCUGCCAGGCCAACCGCAAGACGGGCUCGCUGGGCACGCGCGGCCGCACCUGCAACAGCACCGCCAUGGACGUGAGUGGCUGUGACCUGCUGUGCUGCGAGCGCGGCCACCGCGACGAGACGCUGGAGUUCGAGGAGAACUGCCUGUGCCGCUUCCACUGGUGCUGUGUGGUGCAGUGCAAGAAGUGCUCGGUGCGCAAGGAGCUCAGCCUCUGUCACUGAGGGGCGAGGGCCGGCCUCCAGCCUCCGUCACUGAGGGGCGAGGGGCUGGGGGAGGGGGGGAGUUUUAUCUGCGCUUGAGAAGAAGGACGUUGGGUUUUCUUUUUGGACAGAUUGUGAUUGGAUCUGUGGAGGAUCGGGACAUAAGUUAUUGAACCUGGACGCCCAGGUGGACAACAGGAGCUUUGGACAAGACACUGACAGUGUCCUGGUGUGAGACAAACAAACCAGCAAGAGGUCACACAAAGACGCAUGGAUAUAACGGCAUAUUUUAUACAAUAUUUUAUAAAAGUCCCAGUUAAAAAAUGGGUGGACUUGUGUUUGAAAUGAGAUGUUCACUCUUGAAAAGCAUCUUCACUGAGGAGGAACAAAACAUGAGUUCCAACGUCUCAAACUAAGGAAAAAGGUCACGUUGGUUAUCAGUGUCUUUCUCCUAUCAGACACAUCAGAGAUAUAAUCCCUAACUUCCUUCAUAAAGAUUUCUUAUCUACUCCAAUUCCUUCUGAAUACAACAAGAACAGAGUUGUCUGUUUCCAUUUUGAAUAAAUGUAUUUUAUACACGUCUUUGGCUGCCAACUGAACUGAAAUAUAGAAGAGGAAAAACGACCAACAAUGAAACAUUAACGCAUUUAAUAGUAACCAUAUUUUUGCUGUCAAUUUUGGCAACUUGUGUCUCCGACUGUAAAGGCUUGUUCAGUACUCAAAGCUGAG